AUGUUCCUUCUUAAAGAGUUAAAUUUUCAAAAUUCUUUUCUUGGCUUUUAUUUAUUUCUUUUUCUUUACUUUUCUUUCUUUUUUCUUUCUUUUUUUUUGAAUUUCUUCUUUUUUUACUUUUUUUUGUAUUCCUUUUUUACUUCCUUUUUUCUCUAUUUUUCCCUUUUCUUCCGUCUCGACUUUAUUUAUAUUUUCAAUAUUUAUUCUUCCUUUUUUAAUCCUAAUUUUCUUUCUUUCUUUCUUUAUUUCUUUAUUUCGUGGUUUCUUUCUUUCCUUUUUCGAUUCAUUCUAUAUCUUCUUUACUACGUCUUGAUUUUUUUUACUUUCUUUUAUUCAAUUCUUCCUUUACUUCUUCUUUCUUUCUUUUUUUUUCGAUUCUUUCAUAGAUUAUUCACCUUUUUUCUUUGCUUUGUCUCAUUUGUUUUUCAUUCCUUUUUCUUUCUUUGGCGGCCUUUUAUUAUCUUUUCUACUUAUUUUUUUUCUAUAGCUUUUUCCUCGAAAAUUCCCAAUAUUCUGUCUACAUUUCUUAUAUUUUCUCCUGUUUUCUUUUGCCCGGCAGUUGUCCCCUUUUUUCUAGCCAUUAACACUUUUCUUUGUUUGUCUUGUGCCUUCUUCUCUCCUCCAGAUUUGAUCUCCCUUUGCUCCCCCAAGGCACACUCUCGAGACAGUUUCCCCAGUCACUUUCUCAGCAAGUAA